CUUCGCCACCACCACAACCACAUCUGUCAAUAUUCUGUGGCCAUUCUCUCCUAGAAACUCCCUCCUUCUGCGCCAAAUUUCAAAUUCGCUUUCUCCAAUGGACGAUUGCACAGUACUAUCGCUAGACUCAUCGCCGGUCUCUCCUUAUGAGCUUAUCUUCAAAGCUCUAUCUCUUAUUCCCAUCUCUCACUUUCUCUUAGGCCUCCUAUUGAUACUUCUCCUUUUCCUCUACAAUUUCCUCGAGAUUCAUUUCCUUCAAGAUCUGGUUACUGGAUUUAGAGGCGAUCCUGUGUUACUCACUUGCAGUUCCUCCUCUGAGCUCUACCAGUCCGUCGCUUCCAAGUGUCGGAUUCUUCACGGAAGGUUUUCUCCUACACCAUGGUUAUCUAGUCCUCAUCUCCAAACAGCUUUCUUGAGUCUUUUUGGGAAUUCUCCUAAUUUUUCCUAUAGAAGGCAUAUAUUCCAUGCUAAUGAUGGAGGAACAAUUGCUUUGGAUUGGCUAAUGUCCACUGAUGCUCUACCAACACAUUCUUUGGUUCUUAAGCACUCAAAAGCUCAGACAUUAUACAAUUUUCUGCUCCAUAUUCUAUUUGUUAAAGCUUAAAUCUUCCAAUUACAUAUUUAUGGGUUUUAUUACUUCACUUGCUUAUUUCAUCUAUGCCAUUAUUGGUGAAACGUAGGAAUUGUUGUACAUAAAACAAUUGUAAUAUAACCAUUGACAUGGUGAAUCCCAUCAUAAUUUAUAGUCAAAAUCUAUCCAUUAUAUACACAACAAUUGUAUGCAAUAAUUUCUCAUUGCGAUAUAUACAGGGAAGAAAUUUCUGAUAA